AUAGCAGAUUCCUGCAUCCAAGCCAAGAGACAUGCUCAUCAUCAUUUAUCAGGAUUUACCUUCACCAAACCUCCCUCUUUACUGUGUCCAGGUUCAAAGCUUGACUCCAAAUUCCAAGGCAGAUUUUAUUUAUCUAUUCAUUAGAGACAGAGCGAGAGAGGCAGAGGGAGAAGCAGGCCCCCAAGGAGCAGGGAGCCCGAUGCAGGACCCGAUCCCAGGACCCUGAGACCAUGACCCGAGCCGAAGGCAGACGCCCAACCAUCCGAGCCACCCAGGCGCCCAGGAGUUGGGUCUUUAUCUUACACUUCUUCGCCAUAUGUAUUCAUUCCUACACUUGACAUGGCUUUUAAAAAAAUAUAGUAACAAGUGAUAUGAAAAUGUAAGGGGACAGUAUUCCUUUUUUUUUAUUGUGGUAAAUAUACAUAGUGUGAAAUUUACCAUUUUAAUCGUUUUUAAGUGUAUAAUUCUGUGGCAUUAAAUACAUUCAUAGCGUUGUGUCACCACCAUCCAUUUCUAGAACUUUUUCAUCAACUCAAACAGGAACUCCUUACCCAUUGAACAGUAACUCCCCAUUCCCUCCUCCCUCCAGCUCCUGUUAAUGUCUAUUUUACUUUCUGUCUGUAUGAAUUUGCCUAUUCUAGGUACCUCAUAUAAGUGGAAUCCUACAAAAUUUGUCCUUUUGUGUUUAGCUUCUUCUUUUUUUUUUUAAAGAUUUAUUUUUGUAUUUAUUUGACAGAGAGAGACACAGCAAGAGAGGGAACACAAGCAAGGGGAGUGGGAGAGGGAGAAGCAGGCUUCCCCCCGAAUCAGGGAGCCCGAUGCGGGGCUCGAUCCCAGGACCCUGGGACCAUGACCUGAGCCGAAGGCAGACGCUUAACGACUGAGCCACCCAGGCGCCCCUUAGCUAGCUUAUUUCACUUAGCAUAAUGGCUUCAAGUUUCAGCAAUAUUGGAGCAUCUAUCAGAAUUGCAUCCCUUAUUAAGGCUGAAAAAUAUUCCAUUGUGUGUAAAUACUAUGUUUGGCUUAUUUAACAUGCUUUGAACAUCUACAUCAAGGGUUACUCAGUCAACUUUUAUUGAUAGUGACAUAACUGUCUGUGGUUGGAGAGGGGCAUAGGCUCUGAAUUCAGUUUGAUGCAACAAAGAGUUGUGGAGUGUUUACAGUGUGCAGUGUCUGGGAGCUGUUCCAUAACAAAGAAACACAACUUAAGGCCAUGGGGACACCCUACAUUCAUUCGGCCUCGGGAAGAUUUACCUGACAAAGAUUUAAUCGACCAUCCUGAUAGAUCUCCUAAAGUAAAUCACAGAUUAAAAAAGCUUUCAGUGCUGAAUUUGAAUGAGACCCACCUUCCCAGCCCUCAAGAUGUUAGAAAUAUGGUUGUAAUCUGGAUCCCAGAACAACCAGAGAGGCAUGUGAGUCCAGCUGAGAAGAAGCAUAUUCUUCCCAGCCAGGACUGGAUGAAGAGAAGAAUGAAAUCUACAGGGAAAGACAAUUUUCGCUGUGGAAAGCAGAAAACAGAAACACAGCUGGGACCUCCAGGGAUGAUUGUGCCUCCCCCCUCACCAGUACACUUUUUUGAGCAACUAAACGCAGAAUCCAUACCUUUCUGGAACCAAUUUGACAUGUUACCUCAGGAUCUACUGAAGGACCUCUUACCUGAUGAAGGGAAAACCAUGCCUUCCCUGGAGAUGAAGACACAAUUGGCCAUGAUGAAGAAGAAAGCUCCCCUGGAAAAGAGCCGACCCGACAGUGCCAUUUCUGCUAAGAUGUUCUUAUCCAUACACCGUCUCACCCUGCAGAGACCAGCAUUGAGAUAUCCUAGACAGCUGAAGAAAUUAUAUUACACCCCGAACAUAGAAGGGCCCAGCAAGCAGCCCCCGGGGAAGGUGGGCAACGCCAGGGAGAAGAGGAUUGAGCCUGUGCUCUGGUCACCAGGUCACAAGAAGCAGCGGCAGAGGAGGGUGAAAACCCCACCGAAGAGACAGGAGGCUAAAAAGAAAUCCAAGAGUGAUCCAGGGAGCCAGGACAUUUUGCAUAAAUGUUCAGGUGCCGUGGUGUGUGGCCCACGCUAUGGUCACAGAACUCUACUAAGUCGGAAAACUGACAAAAAGCAUCCACAGCGGACAAAGUCAGAAGGACCCAACUUGGAAAAGGGUUCCACAAGGAGGCCACAGAUGGAAUACUCUGAGAAUUAUCUGGAGUCCUUCCCUGAUAAGGAUGAUCCUGAGUUAUCCAAGAUAGAACCCUCUAACAAGGACAUCAGCGCUCAGGAAGAGGUUGUGCUGGAAUCCCGAGAGAGGAGCUCAGAGGACCUCUUAGACGAUACAUCUAGAAGAGGGUGGAACCCUGAGCUCAAACUCCUGAGGAUUCUUCAGGCCACUGAUGAUGAGGAUGAGGAGAACCAGCUCUGUGGGUCACAGAGUGAAGAGUCGUAUGGGAUUUCACAGGACAGUCUUACUCCAGAGCAGGAUGCUUGGAAUGCCAAGGACAGUGACCUUGGACGUAAGGACAGAACGGAGAGGGGACUUCUGCUCCCGGGAGCCUUUACCAGGGCCUGACUGUAGGAAUUCUGCUUUCUUCAUUCACUUCUCCUUACCUCUAAAAUCAGUGAGGGAGAAAAAGCCUCCCCCUUCUUAAACUGAGAUUGUUUCUCUUUCAUUAGGGACAGAAUAAUUUUAGUGAUUAAACACAACUGCUUAAGGAAAAGACUCAUUCUGUUUCUGGGAGGAGGGGAGAGAUGUUUCUGCCAUGUGUUUUCUGGGUCACUUUUAUCUCCCCUCUGAAGCUCUGAAAGGUUUCCAGUUAUAGGAAGAUGAGUUUUGGGGCACCCGGCUAGCUCAUUUGGUAGAGUGUACAAUUCUUGAUCUUGAGGUUGUGAGUUCCAGCCUCACAUUGGGCAUAGAGGUUACCGGAAAAAAAAGGGGGGGGGGCGGAGAUGAGUUUGGCCUAUGGGAACCCCUACUGUGUUCUAGAUUUUCCUCUCAUUCUCUGGAAAUGGUUUUUUUGGGGUUGGCACCCAAUAAUCACUUUCAAAUAGUAUAUGUAUUAACCUGAAAGAGUCUAAAGCUCCAGCUUCUAAAUUACUGAGUCUGUGGGAAUGUUUCAGUGAUGCUCAUAAAGACUCAGAAUUUCAGAGUCUCAGGGGACCUUGAAUUUGGUUUUUGGAAGGAUUUUUUCCCCGUGUUUUUGUCCUUAAAGUUUUUAAUAUAGAAAAUUUUCAAAAUUACCUAAAAGUCAGGAGAAUAAUAUAGUGGAAAUCUCAGGUACCCAGUAGCUUAGAUGCGGGCAGUGAAGGCCCCUGCCCUGGGCCCCUGGGCCGUGAGCUGCUGUCAAAGCAGCUGGAGCCCAUUAUUCUCACCAGCUCUGCACCCAGGGUCAGGUCUCCUUCCCAGAAGUGGGAGCUGGGUGGAAGAAGAGAGCCCAGACCAUUGGUGGUACUCACUAGCACUUAGCCUCAGCUACCAGCAGCUGGGGGAGGAUGAGAAAUGAUGACAUCCUGUCCUUCCUGAGGAGACCAGCCCUCUGCCUUGGAGCUGGGAGGGGGAGCCCUGUGUUCUUGGGCAGUAGCAGUCUGGAGUCGUUUCUGUCUCACCGAAACUGGGGUGGGGACGGGGAGAGCACGGCUCUAGGGUCACAUAGCAGACUCAGUUACUACCGAGCUUUUGUAGAUUCUCUUAAACAAUGUGCUGUAUGCUCUUAGGGCCAUUUUCAGAGACAUAAACAUAUUUUUAAAAAUAAUUUUCACCAGUUUCAUUGGACAGCAGUCUGCGAACGUCUUACACUCUUAUGCCAGAAGUGAAACUCAGGACUGGGCCUGACAUCUUUUUUAUUUUUUUAAGAUUUAUCUAUUCAUUUAGAGAGAGAGCACACAAGCGGGGCGAGGGGCAGAAGGAGAGGGAGAGACUCCCAAGCUGACUCCUUGCUAAGCUUGGAGCAUGGGGCUCCGUCUUUGUGAGAUCAUGACCCGAGCCAAAAUCAAGGGUCGGCCGCUCAACCGACUGAGCCACCCAGGUGCCCCCCUGACAUCUUUUUAUAAGAGAAACUUAUCCCUCAUCAAUUAUUUGGUUCUGCUAAGUACAGUUUGUACAAGGAAAGCAGAUUAAAUGUUAAAUCUUUUUUAACGUUGUCUCAAAACAGACCAAAUUAGAAAGCUAAAACUGCUGCCUACUUGUUCCUUUCUCCCAAGCCAAAUCAAAAUUAUAUAUGACAUCAUUUGUGUUACUAGACUGAACUAUACUUAGCUGAAUCUUGAUAGUGAGAGGAAUCCGAGAGGUGUCAUCUGGGCUAUUUUUCUGCAAAUAAUUAUGUCUCGAAUGUACAUUACAUUGUAGAAUGAUUUGUGUGGGUUAACUUAAAAAUGACACCUUUUUUCAACUCCUUGGUCUUGCCUCAGACCUGUCCACUCAGGCAAACCCAAUUUCCAGUGGUCAGUAGUGAGGCUGAGGAGGGGGCAGGGCUGAGCUUUCUUUUUUUUUUUUUUUUUUUAAAGAUUUUAUUUAUUUGACAGAGAGAGAGACAGUGAGAGCAGAAACACAAGCAGGGGGAGUGGGAGAGGGAGAAGCAGGCUUCCCGCAGAGCAGGGAGCCCGAUGCGGGGCUCGACCCCAGGACCCUGGGAUCAUGACCUGAGCCGAAGGCAGACGCUUAACGACUGAGCCACCCAGGCGCCCCAGGGCUGAGCUUUCAUUUGCUCAUUUUAUCUGAAGACUCAAAGAGAAAUUCUAACUAUUUUUUUUUAUUCUUAUGUUACAUUACAUUACAUCAUUAGUUCUAGAUGAAGUGUUCCAUGAUUCAUUGUUUGUGCAUAAUACCCAGUGCUCCAUGCAGAAUGUGCCCUCCUCAAUACCCACCACCAGGCUAACCCAUCCUCCCACCCCCCUCCCCUCUAGAACCCUCAGUUUGUUUUUGAGAAAUUCUAUUACUGAUACAACUACGUACUUAGUUAAGCAACUGUUAGAAAUUGGCACAUUCUUUUCAGUUUCGUUGAUGAGUACAAAGUUACUUUUGAAUCGCGACAUAUUUUGAAUGAGAAGAUGUUUGCUAUUUGAACACUGGCCUUCGCAAUCGCUUCUCGGCCUUUUGGCUAAGAUCAAGUGUGAACACUGGCCUUUCGCUUCUGUUUUCGAAGGGAGGAAAACCAUUUGUGGGCUGAAACCUGUUUCUCUCUCCUCUGUUAUACCAAUCCCUCAAAUCGCAAACAGAAUUUAGGACAAUAUAAUCUGCAUGCCACAUUACAGUCUUCAAGGCAGUUUAUACCCACUAUUUCUGGCCGACUCUAUAGAUAAAUGUGGAUUGUCUCCAUUUUAUAGAUUAGAAGACUGAGGCUCAGAAUUUAGGGCUGAUGAUAACUCAUUCGGGGCCUUAGUGAAUUAGAAAAAAAAAAAAGGCAUCCUUUAAGACACUUUACUACCUGUUGAAAAUUCCCUCAAAACAAAUCUACAAUGAUUACAAUAUGAGCGGCAACCCUAGAGUUGGUCCACAACCUUCACCAUAGGACCUGGAGGGCUUACUGGAGAGGUGAAGUCAUUUGCCAGAAAUCUAAGGCCAGCAAGGGAAGGGGGCUGGGCUUAGAACCUGGCUCCUUGCUCCUCUCAUCCACUGAACUCUGAUGCCUCUCUGAUUCCCUCUCUUUAAUGCACGGCGGAGCCUGGGACAGUCUUCAUCUGAAAGGAAGGAUGAGACCACGUAGAAAAGAACUGACUGAGGGGAAGGAGCCCUCAUGAACACUUUGCAUUAGCCUCCCAAUGUUCUGAGAGAAGAGGAGCCAG